AUGCCGCUCCAGACGCUUACACUUGAGCUGGCGGCGCAGAUUGCGGCCGACUACCCGGCGCUCCAGAGCCUCAAUCUGUCCAGUAAUGCGCUGCGCGAUGUACACCACCUGCAAUUGCUGCCGAGCUCCUUAACGCAGCUUGACCUAGGUGGCAACCGCCUCUCGGCGUUGCCAGAGGAGCUGGGGACGUGGCUGCCAAAUUUGCGUCUGUUGCGACUGAGAGCUAAUGCGCUGGAGUCGCUACGACCGGUUAUCAGCUGUAAACUCCUACAUACGCUAGACAUCGGCGCUAAUCGUGUGGCAUUUGUGAGCGAACUGCGCUUCUUGCAGCCUUUGGCGCAGCUCCGCCACCUCUCGCUAGAUGGGAACCCGCUGUCCGAUUCGCCUACACCCUAG